AUUGUAAAACGUCUCAAUAAAUAUUUUCAGAAAUGUGAAACAUGUCGUUCAGAUCCUGUUCGCUGAAUAUUCAUCAAUUCUUGUUUGGUAAAACGUGGAAGGAAAUAUAUUUUCAGAAAUUUUGAAAAAUAAUUAAACCUCAAAGGUGUCAAAUUUUAAUUUUUACAUGAAAUCCGUGUUUUUAGUGCCCGUGAGUUUUUUUGUGGUGAUAAAACGUCUCAGUAAAUAUUUUUAGGGAUGUAAAAUACUUAACAAAUUUCUGCAGAUUUUAGAAUCCAAAAAAAGUGAUUAUCAAAUUCAAUUCUUACAUAUUUGGAAAAACGUGGAAACAAUAUUUCCAGAAAUUUUGAAAAUAUUAACAUAACAAAAAUUAGGAUGCACUCAUUUUUCAAACCGGUGUUUCUUCAUGCUCAUGAUCUUUCUGUGCUGUAAAACGAAUCUAAAAGUAAAUAUUUUCAGAAACAUACAUUUCUUGAUACACAAGUUGAUAAUGAUAUUCCAGACGUGGAAAAUCUCGUCUUUUGGAUUAAAUCAUCAUCACGAUGAUGAUCGUCUUUACGGGUCAAAGUCAAGGCCAAAUUUUAUAUUGUCAACUAUCCACUUAUAAUAAUACUUACAUAUAUACGUGGAUAAAUAAAUAUGUAGGUCUUCUUAUUAAUACUGGACUCGCUAUGAAUAAAACAGUUGUGCUUGUGCGAUACGUAUGUAUAGAUAAUUCAGCUAUAAAUGAUACUAUAUUCACACCUGUUCAAUUAUUAAAAGUGUGGCAGAUUGUUUUAUUAAGAAAAAGGACACAAAAAACGUGACCAGAGAGUUAUCAUGGAUGACGAAACGGAACAAAGCGGGGGCGGUCCGUUCUAUCUCGGAUUCGAUUUAAGCACACAAUCCGUAAAAGCCGUCGUGACGAAUGAUGCUUUACAAGUCGUGCAAGAAGUCAGCGUAAAAUUUGACCAGGAUUUACCAGAAUUCGGCACUUCCGGGGGAGCAAACCGUGACCCGACGAAUUCCAAAGUUGUCACUGCUCAGCCCAUCAUGUGGGUCAAAGCGAUGGGCCUCGUUCUGGAGAAACUUCGUCUCCUGGAACCACCCCUGCUCGACCAGAUCGUCGGGAUUUCUGGGGCUGGCCAGCAACACGGAAGCGUUUUCUGGAAACGUGGAGGACUCGAAACUUUAAGGAAUUUGGACCCCGAUAAAUUCCUGCAUGACCAGCUCGCUUUUGCAUUUGCGAUUCAAAAUUCGCCAAUCUGGAUGGACUCGAGCACCUCCGAGUACUGCGACAUGCUGGAAAAAGCCGUCGGUGGGGCGGAAGUUUUAGCUAAAUUGACCGGAUCACGAGCCUAUGAACGAUUCACGGGGAGUCAGAUAAGCAAAAUAUUCCAUACGAAGAGAGAAGCUUACAAUGCCACGGAGAGAAUCUCACUAGUGUCCAGCUUCAUAGCGUCCAUUUUCCUCGGCUCGUACGCCGCAAUCGACUACUCGGACGCGUCUGGAAUGAAUCUCCUCGACAUUCGGGAGAAGACGUGGAGUCCGAUUUGUUUAGCGGGGGUGGUUCCGGAGGAGGGCGAGGGGGCAAAUUUGGCCGAAAAAUUGGGUCCCCCGACCCCCACGGAAGCCGUGCUGGGGACGAUUUCACCAUAUUUCGUGGAACGGUACGGAUUCAGCUCGGACUGCAAAGUGGUCGCUUUCACGGGCGAUAAUCCCAGCUCGUUUGCAGAAAUGUGCCUCGGCGCGAACGACAUUGCGGUCAGUCUGGGCACGUCGGACACUCUUUUCCUGUCGAUGCCCUCCCUUCCUCAGCAUGGUUUCGGCGAGGGUCACAUUUUCGUGAAUCCGAUCGCUUCGAAGGACCACUACAUGGCGUUGCUCUGCUUUAAGAACGGUUCUCUCACGAGGGAACGGAUCCGACGGGAUUAUGCGAACGGAAGUUGGUCAAUUUUCAACGAAUUGUUGGACUCCACGCCGAGAGGAAAUUUUGGAAAUGUGGGAUUCUACUAUGAUCUGUGGGAAAUUAUACCGAAAAUUAAGAAUGGUGACCACAAAUUCAACAAGGAGGGCAGCAAAUUGACGAAAUUCACGUCGAACGAGGUCGAAGUUCGAGCCUUGAUUGAAGGACAAUUUCUUUCCAGGAGGCUGCACGCGGAAAAAAUUGGGUGUAAAAUUACAAAAGAGACCAAGAUCCUCGCGACCGGGGGUGGUUCAGCUAAUCCGAAAAUCCUCCAAAUUUUAUCAGACGUGUUCAACGCGCCAGUUUAUGUGCAGGGCGACUCCAACUCUGCCGAUUUGGGUGCCUGUUACCGCGUAAAGCACGCCCUUUACGGGGAAGGACGCCCCUUUGACCAAUUUAUCCAAAGUGUUCAAGCUUAUCAGAAAGUUUGGGAUCCUAACAAGGACGCAAAAGAGAUUUACGACAAAAUGCUGCAACGAUUCGCAAUUUUAGAACAGACGAUUUUAAACUUGUAACUUAACUUGAAUUAUUUUUGGUUGAGUGAAACACGUUAUAUUUUUUUAGUAUAAUAAAAAUAACGAUAAUAAAUAAUUGA